CGGCUCGGUGUUUCUAGGGUGGGGCUGGCGACUGUAGAGGGAAGCGCAGCUCGGGAGGUGAUUUUGUCAUCCGAGGAGGCACAGUUCCAGCUGAUGCUUGGAUCGGGUCUUGUUUCCCCUGUUUCGGACCGGUUAGAGAUGCCCAUCUCAGAGCCCCCAAGUCCCAGUGCUAGAGGCGGGCCAGGGCUGCGUGCAGCCUCCCGCCCCGCCCCAGGCUGUGCCGUGCGCGCCGCCGCUGCCGCCCGCCUUCCCCAGGGGCCCCCGCCUCCGUCCACCAGUGGGCGACCGCGUCCCCCGCCCGGGAGCGAGUCUGGCGCUGCAGCCCCGCCGGGUGGGUUCAGGAGGCCUUCGGAGCGCGCAGGCCAGGGACGCGCGGUGAGCCCCAGGUGUGACCCACAGGGAUCCAGGUGACUUCUCUGCAGACUCUUUGCCAUGACAUCCCACCAAGGACGAGGGGAGUAAAGUGGGAAUCCUUCCCCAUGCCCCUCCCAUGGUCGGCUCCCCAAUGGCCUGGGUGAGGGUGGAUAGGCUGCUCUGACACCAUGGGGAGCUGCUGUAGCUGCCUGGACAGAGACAGCGUGCCACACAACCACCCUACCAAGUUCAAGGUGACAAACGUGGAUGAUGAAGGGGUGGAGCUGGGCUCGGGGGUGAUGGAGCUCACCCAGAGUGAGCUGGUGCUGCACCUGCAUCAGCGGGAAGCCGUGCGCUGGCCUUACCUCUGCCUGCGACGCUAUGGUUAUGACUCCAACCUCUUCUCCUUUGAGAGUGGCCGCCGCUGUCAGACGGGCCAGGGGAUCUUUGCUUUCAAGUGCUCACGGGCAGAGGAAAUCUUCAACCUGCUGCAGGACCUCAUGCAAUGUAACAGCAUCAACGUGAUGGAAGAGCCUGUCAUCAUCACACGUAACAGCCACCCCCAAGAGCUCGACCUCCCUCGAGGGCCCUCACAGCCCACUGGCUACACUGUCUCCAGCCUCUCCAAUGGCUGCCCUGGCUGCCCUGGAGAGAGCACACGGUUCUCCGCUCCCCGCCGACCCUCCACAAGCGGCCUGCGACACUCCUCGCUUGGAGAAGAGUCCACCCACACCCUCAUUGGCUCCGAUGAGCAGUCCCACACCUAUGUCAACACACCCACUGGCGAAGAAGACCACCGCAGGAGUCGCCACUGCCUGCAGCCACUGCCUGAGGGCCGGGCACCCUUUCCACCACAGACCCGGGGUUCCGACCAACGGGACCCACAGGUGUUCUUGCAACCAGGGCAGGUCAAGUUUGUGUUGGGCCCCACCCCUGCUCGGCGGCAGGUGAUGAAGUGUCAGAGCCUCUGCCCCAGCAUGCACGACCCUCCCCAUCACAACAACAACGAAGGUCCUUCUGAGUGCCCAGCCCAGCCCAAAUGCACCUACGAGAAUGUCAGCGGGAGCCUGCGGCCAGGGGCUGGCUGGAGACUGAGCCCGGAGGAGCCAGGGUGGAGUGGCCUGGCCCACCGUCGGGCUGCCCUGCUGCACUAUGAGAACCUUCCCCCGCUUCCCCCUGUGUGGGAGAGCCAAGUCCAGCAGCUGGGCGGGGAGGCUGGGGAUGAUGGGGACUCCAGGGAUGGACUUACACCAUCCUCAAAUGGCUUCCCCGAUGGUGAGGAGGAUGAAACCCCACUACAGAAACCCACCAGCACCAGGGCCUCUGCCCGUAGCCACAGCAGCUUCCCUGUCCCACUGACCCGCCGCCGCCGAGGCUCCCCAAGGGUCUUCAACUUUGAUUUCCGCCGGCCAGGCCCUGAGCCCUCAAGGCAGCUCAACUACAUCCAGGUGGAGCUUAAGGGCUGGGGCACAGACCGUCCCAAGGGGUCCCAGAACCCCUCGGUAUCUGGAGCUCCUGGACCCACCCCACACCCUGCUCGCAGCUCAGACUCCUAUGCCGUGAUUGACCUCAAGAAGACCGUGGCCAUGUCCAACCUGCAGAGGGCUCUGCCCCAAGAUGACGGCACUGUCAGGAAGACUCGGCACAACAGCACCGACCUGCCUCUGUAGACCCGUCUCCACCUGCCUCUGCUCCUGCAGGGGGACCUCCACCUCACCCAGCAGCCCAGGACUCACGCCGCUUGGCAGAAGACGCGGGUGGACCAGAUGUUUCCCUGCAUUGCUGGAGUCCCCAAAGACGUCAGCCACUGAGAGUCCAGCUCCCCGAGCUGGGGAGGGGAGCGGGUGAGCUGGAGGGAGGGGGCCAGGGUGUGAACUGUGAAGGGUUCCCAAGGUUGCAUUUGCACCCUUCCCAAAUGUCCAUUUGUCUAGUCUGUCAGCUGUCUGUCUGUCUGUCUGUGUGUGUUUUCUUCUUUUCUUUUUUCUUUUUUUCUUCUUGGUUGGAGUUUUGAAACAUUUUGUACCUGAUGAUUUUAUUUAUCAGUUUAUUUUUCUAUUUAUUGUUUAAAUGUAACUUAACAUAUUUAUUAUUAAUAUAAUUAUUUUUAAAUUCC